UCUUCGCCGGCUGCUAAUGAGCUGAAAGCCAGGAACGUUUGAGGAGGUGAAGAGGAAACUUUCAAUCCUCCUCCCUUCACCUAGAAAUCCAGAUACCCCCCCCACCCCAUCCCCAGAUAACUUUGAGAUACGGCAGAUACCCCACCCCCAUCCCCAGAUAACUUUGAGAUUCGGCCCCUUCUCUUCGCUUGCCUGGCGGACCAUGGCUCCCUUUGGAAGAAACUUGCUAAAGACUCGGCAUAAAAACAGAUCUCCCACUAAAGACAUGGAUUCAGAAGAGAAGGAAAUUGUGGUUUGGGUUUGCCAAGAAGAGAAGAUUGUCUGUGGGUUAACUAAACGCACCACCUCGGCUGAUGUCAUCCAGGCUUUGCUUGAGGAACAUGAGGCUACAUUUGGAGAGAAACGAUUUCUGCUGGGGAAGCCCAGUGAUUACUGCAUCAUAGAAAAGUGGAGAGGCUCGGAACGGGUUCUUCCUCCACUAACUAGAAUCCUGAAGCUUUGGAAAGCUUGGGGAGAUGAGCAGCCCAAUAUGCAAUUUGUUUUGGUUAAAGCAGAUGCUUUCCUUCCAGUUCCAUUGUGGCGGACCGCUGAAGCCAAAUUAGUGCAAAACACGGAAAAAGUGUGGGAACUCAGUCCAGCAAAUUACAUGAAGACAUUACCACCAGAUAAACAAAAAAGAAUAGUCAGAAAAACUUUCCGGAAACUGGCUAAAAUUAAGCAGGACACAGUUUCCCAUGAUCGAGAUAGUAUGGAGACCUUAGUUCAUCUGAUUAUUUCCCAGGACCACACUAUUCAUCAGCAAGUCAAGAGAAUGAAAGAGCUGGAUCUGGAAAUUGAAAAGUGUGAAGCUAAGUUCCACCUUGAUAGGGUAGAAAAUGAUGGAGAAAAUUAUGUCCAGGAUGCAUAUUUAAUGCCUAGUUUCAGUGAAGUUGAGCAAAAGCUGGACUUGCCUUCUGAUGAAAACCAGAUUCUGGACGACCUGACUGAAAGUGAUGGAAUUGUACACCUGGAGGAAAGAUUAGCAUAUUACAGAAUGCUCAUUGAUAAGCUCUCUGCUGAAAUAGAAAAAGAGGUAAAAAGUGUUUGCACAGAGAUAAACGAAGACGCAGAAGGGGCCGCUGCAAGUGAGCUUGAAAGCUCUAAUUUAGAAAAUGUUAAGUGUGAUCUGGAGAAAAGCAUGAAAGCUGGUUUGAAAAUCCACUCUCACUUGAGUGGCAUCCAGAAAGAGAUUAAAUACACUGACUCAUUGCUUCAGAUGAAAGCAAAAGAGUAUGAAUUCCUGGCCAAGGAGUUCAAUUCACUUCAUAUUAGCAACAAAGAUGGAUGCCAACUAAAGGAAAACAGAGGGAAGGAAUGUGAGGUCCCCAGCAGCAGUGGGGAGGUUUCUUCCUUGACUCAAAGAGUAUUUAACUUGUAUACAAAUGACACAGACUCGGACACUGGUAUCAGCUCUAACCAUAGUCAGGACUCGGAAACAACUGGAGGAGACGUGGUGCUAUUGUCAACAUAAUUCGAACGGCUUGUUUCUGACCUACUUUCGUGUUCAUGUUUGCUUAAUAGGAAACUUUAUUUUAAAUGUCACAUUCUGAAAAAUGAUGUAAAUCAUGUUAAGUAUUCAGUGGUUAAAAAAACUAGAGAAAGUUUAUUUUUGAUUUAAGAGUUCCAAGCUCACCAAAUUAUUACAAGUUCAGACGAUGAGCUGUUUAUUAGGAAUGCAACACAAAUAGCUUGCAGGUGUAUAACAGAAAUGAUUUGAUGGGAAUUAUAAUCUCUUAUAGCUUCUGGGAGAAAUGAUUUACACAAACAAAACUAAUUCUUACUAUUGCAGUCAAUAUAUUAAAACUAGAUACAUGAACAAGUAAAAUUAAAAAUGUGCUGUAAUAUAUUUUUUCAAAGCUGUAUCAUUGGAAUUUUUAAGUCUGUAAUGUACAUGACAGCUACGCUACUGUAACUGUAUUAAUUCAAGUCUUGGUUCUUCUCACUGAUACUUAGAAUGUACAUCAUCUCUGUCACUUUCUGGACCCCUCUACUUGUUUAGACCUAGACGACAGCAAGUGGGAAGGGCUGCCACUGGGACAUGUACAAAUUCCAGCAGUGGGUUGAAUAGGGGUAUAGAUGAGAAAGGGCCAAUUGCUACAUACAACAGCAAUUUUUCUAAAGAAGGCUAAAGUUACUAAGAAUGAUGCCUGGGCUUUCUCUGACCAAGCAAAUCAUCUGAUCAAACAAAUGGUCUGUGCAGGUUUAUUUUUUGAGUGAGGCAUGAUGUGGGUUACAGAGAAAAUCACAGGGUCACAGUCCUGUUUAUUUACACCCUGCCUACAAAAGAGGCUCCAAGAGACGCAACUUGGGGUCCUUUGUGUGGGUAAAAUAGAGUUCUGUAUACCCUAAGUAUUAGCAUUUUGUCUCUGAACCUAUAGAGAGGAACUCACAUGGACAAAAACCUUUUAUUCUGUUACACUGGAAUUCGGAUUGUCUUUGUAGAACUUCAUCUAAGGUGCAAACUAAAAAAAUGUGGCUCUGACCCACACUCCUUCCCCAAGGAUGCUAGUAAAUAUCCAACAAAUUGAACAGAUUAUUUAGAUCUCACCUUGAGUGAUGCUCUUUUUAGUGCCAGACGAGGCUUGGUUUUGCCUGACGUUUUCCUCCCUCUCUCCCUUCUUUGCUUCUUGCCAGUGAACACAUGAUGUAAUCAUAUUGUAAACAAUUAGUUUUAUUGUUUUAUUGUACUGUUAAAUAAACACCACUGUGGUUUAUUUUUUCUUUAGCUGACACUUUUCCUGUAUGUCAGCAUACAUGUAAGUAAGAAUAUUAUUUUACUUAGUUUUAAUAUGUGGAUAUUGGUGAAGAUUUCAGUAUUUCUUAUUCCCUUUUAUUCCCAUGCUUACUGUAGUGCAUGUUUUAACUGAGUUUCUUAAUGUACCUUUUCAUUUCUCCAUCUCCCAGACUUUUCACCAAUCUUUGAGAAGAUAUUUAGAAUGUUUCAGUAUUUCACUUUGGAGAACAUCUGUGUUACCAUUUCUUGCACCAAGAUAAUGCUAAAGGCUUUAAUUGAAAUUGGCUGGUAAAGAAAGUAGAAAUUUCCAUUCCAGGGAAAAGAUAGUGAUAAAGAGUAAGUAAUAAUGUUAACAUGGGUUUAAUUAAAAAAAAUUAAAAGGGAAUUGAAUAGUCAUCUGAGAAAGGGAAGUUUUUUUUGCCAAAUAUCUCAUUAAAUCAUUCAGCAAUAAGGCAAGUUAUUGAUAUAUUCACUGUUCACUACUGGGGAUUAAAUUCAGACGAUCAUCAAUGAUAAACCGAUUGCAAUGUUGUUUUCCGAAAGUGAAAGCAAUCUCUUUGGGUUACUCCUUAGUGAGAAAAUAAUGAAAAGAACAUUACUUAUCUGCUAUGUAAUUUGAUUAAUUAUCUGAAUUUGAAAGAGGUUCUGAUAAGAAAUAGGACUGGACAGAUAAUUUCAUUUUAGAAUCUUUGAAUUAACUUCUGCCUUUAUAUAGUUAAGUAGUGAUACAUUCUAAGGACUACUUCUAUAUUUUUACAAUAAAUUAUGUUAAAAACUCUUCUCAGAAAGCAGAAUCAUUUAUUUUUAAACACACUUUAGAAUUUCUAGUUGUUCUUUACUUAUACAAAUCUAUUUGUGCUUUUGAUUUGUUACAAUAUUAAAUCAUCAGUUACCAUGCUGAAUCUCUCUUUUUUUUUUUUUUUACCAUGCUGAAUCUCUAAUUUAGAGUAAUAUAUUAAUACAGAUAUAAAACUUAACUACAAUUGCCCUCAUCUCUGGAUACUGAGUUAUUCUUUAUUAAAGUGAGAAUCUGAAUUAUAAAUAUAGAACUUGAUAGAGGCUUUAAUGUUUUAAUUAUGUAUAGAAUCUUUAAAGUGUUUAUAAAUGUUUGAGUAACCUAACAGGUUAACUAUGAAAUUGCUAUAUGCGGCUAGAAGUAGCAAACCAAAGCUGACUAUUCUUCCUUCUUGUAACAACUUAGAUUUUCAUAGACUGUACCUUGUUCAUCCUCCCCCUUGGAAUGCCUCUUUUUCCCUCCAUCUGCCAUACACGGAAACCUACCCAUUUUGUCUUUUUAACAUGUUAUAUUUUCUAUUAAACAUUUAUUCCAUUCAAUCAGGUAUAAUAUCUUAUCUCUGAGCCCACAACUAUUUCAGGUGUACUUUGCAUAGAGGAGCACUUAUAUUACGGCUUAGCUUGUAUUUAUUUAUGUACUUACCUAACUUCCCUCCCCCAAUGUAUUUUUUUAUUCUUUUAUUACUUUGUCUUCUAUCUUGUUAACUAUAAUCCCUCCAAUAGACCUCCUUACCUCUUUGCCCCUACCCAGUUUUUUAAUUGAAAUGCUAAAUUUUAGAAGGCUGCAACCAUUUUAAAAAUUAUUUCUAUGAUGCUCAUGCAUUUUAUUAAAUAUGCAUAUUAGCAGACUUAAAACGGUAAAAGUAAUUCUACUUAUAAAUUCUUUAGGGGAGGCACUGAAUCUUUGUGCUCUGAAAAAAAUUUUAAAUUGGUAAAUUUUUUAUUUUAUUUUUAAAAUCACAGUUACUGAUUUAAGGCAAUGCAAAUAUUAUCUUUUUAAAAGCCUCUCAAUGGUUAAAUUACGGUAUUUUCCUUUGCAUUAUAUGCAUGUAGGAAAAAAUAUAUAUUCUGUAGAAUUGAAUUUUAAGUAGUAGACACAAAAUAACUUUGAAAUAAUAUCCUAAAUGAAAUAUCUAUUUUAUUUUCUCUUUCUAACUCAAAGAAAUAAAUGGUCUCAGUGUAUAGAAGCUAUUCUAAUCCAUUAAAAUUUUAUUUUUAUAUUAUUUAAACACCUACUGUACAUGACAAAAUAUACUUCUAUGGCUGCAUUUUAUAGUUUUUCAAAGUAGGAUUAUGGUUUUAUUUAGAAUGUAUUUUUCUAGUUGACAAAGGAAUACCUUUUAAUCCAGAUACAGAUUUUUUUUUUAAUAUUAGGCUAUUUCUUUUCAUACUACCUGAUUGGUUUAAUAAACCUGAUGUAACAAAUAUAAACUAUCUGUAAUUUCUUCAAGUGUAACUAAUUCAGAAUAAUAAAAGAAAUAGUUGUACCCUU